UCUGUCAUAAAAAAAAACACAACUUUGAGAGAUCUGUCUCCCGAGUAAAAUGGUGAAGGCAGGAUCGAUAUUGACAUGCGAACAAGCACAUUGACGAAACCGAUCGUUCUCUUCUCGAUCUCACUGUUGAGCACCGUCCUCUUCUUCGCAUUCUUCUUCGAAGACAAGCCUUACUCAUCAUCAUCUCCCUCUUCGUCAGACUCCAUGGCUCGAAGAACCUUCAUCUUGUGGCUUCACGGGCUUGGAGAUUCCGGACCUGCCAACGAACCCAUCAAGUCACUUUUCAAGUCUCCCGAGUUUACCAACACCAAAUGGCUCUUCCCAUCCGCUCCUCCUAAUCCUGUCUCCUGCAAUCAUGGUAUGGUGAUGCCUUCUUGGUUUGACAUCCGUGAGCUUCCUCUUACCGCGGGCUCUCCAAAUGAUGAAAGCAGUGUGCUUGAAGCAGUUAAGAACGUUCAUGCUGUUAUAGAUAAGGAGAUUGCAGGAGGAAUCAAGCCAGAAAACGUGUAUAUCUGUGGAUUUAGCCAAGGAGGGGCAUUAACCUUGGCUAGUGCUCUGCUUUACCCUAAAACUCUUGGAGGAGGUGCAGUCUUUAGUGGAUGGGUUCCAUUCAAUUCUUCUGUCAUCAAUCAGUUUACCAAAGAUGCUAUCAAGGUUUCUAUCUGUUGUUGUUUUUUUCUUUUUCUUGUCAAAUUUUUUAUUUUUCUAGUGACUGUUUUUAAUUUUUUGUGCAUAUGUAGACGCCAAUCUUGUGGUCUCAUGGGAUUGAUGACAAGACUGUACUAUUCGAAGCUGGUCAAGCAGCUCUUCCUUUCCUUCAACAAGCUGGUGUCACUUGUGAAUUUAAGGCAUAUCCAGAUCUUGGACACUCGAUUAGUAAUAAUGAGCUUCAGUAUCUGGAGUCAUGGAUCAAACAGAGGAUGCUGAGUUCCUCUUCUUCUUCUUCUUAAAAGCUUUUGAGAUCGAGUUUGUUUGUCCAACCAGUUCAAUUUUCUAUUUGCUAAAUGGAUAAUCAGAAGAUUGAACAUAUGGAAAUGAUUAAACACUCUAAAAAGAACAACUAAAAUAUUCUAAAAUCUUCCAUUUUAAUUUUGUUCAAUAACUGUGGAUUUAAGAAUAUUUUAUGAAAUGACAAGUUCAAUCA